AUGCACGAAGAGCCUCUCGACCGAUCUCGCGACCUCUGGAUUGAGCGAAAACGCAGGUUCGAGCAGGAAGAAGCUGCCAGAAGAGACGAUCUCCUCGACGCUCACUAUAGAUCCAACAUCGAAGCUCCUGGCUCAAGCCGUCACAGUCCACCUCGUCAGCCCAAUCACGAUCCGAGGUACUCUCACCUGCCUCCUUCCAACAGCAAUCCUUCCGUCGCUGGCCACGCUUCCAGCCCCCGCUCUCAGCUUCCUCUCCCUUUACACCCGCAUCCCGCCGCAGGCGACGCAGCAGCACCGGCUAUGCGCGAAGACCCCGCUGCAACAGCGCUCAAGCGCAGAAGGCUCGCAGACGGGCUCGAUCGCGAAGAUCGACGACGCGAUGAACCACCAAGUGGUGCUCGUUCCCCCUCCUUCCGCAGGGCAGACGGCGCUCCCCACUCCGCCCAGCGUUACCUCGACGAGAGAGACGCAUACCAAGACGAUCUGCGCUCGCCCUUGAACCCUCCUUACGCCACCAGACCCAGCGGCCGUGUCUCGCCUCUCGACAGACCUGUGCACAGUCCGGCUUCCGGCCAGGGCGCUCCGCUUCCGCCCAUGCAGGAUUCUACGAGGCCCUCCGUCCUCUCAGCCUCGAGUUACGACGACAGCCUCGAUCACGGCCCGGGCAUGCUCGCUCGCAGGAGAGGCGAUGCUGCGCAAGCAAAGGCAAGUCGGCUGCACAUUGACACUGGCAACAGCUCCGCUUUCGAAGCCGCUGCUCACCUCAGGUCAUCUUCAGGCAUCGCAAAAAGUGCUCCUCCCCAAAAGAUCUCGUUCGGUCUCGACGGCCGCGACCACCCUCUGCCCCACGAUCAGGCACAGCGUGACCCCAGCCUUCGGCCCAACCACGCUCCGAUCCAGCCCCAUCAGCCUCCCGUGCUACAACGCGGCGAGCAACAGCCGCAGCGUCUCGUCUCUGGCUCUCGUCUCGCAGAAUCCACCGACUCGUUCCGUCGUGACGAGCGAGAAGACAUGCUCGGUCUUCGCGAAGGCAGAAUGCCCGACGUACCUCAUACUGCCAAUCCGCUCGCUCGUCAAGGCCCUGCCACGCGUUUGCAAGCCGGCGGCCACGUGCCUCAGACAGCAACGCUGCCUUCUCCCGCCUAUCACACCACCCAAUUUGCGCGCGGUCAACCCAGCGGACGCCAAGCAUACAACCCGCCGCCCACCGCUAGGCUGCCCGACCAUCUGCGUUCGCCGCCCUCGUCUAAAGCACACUUUCUCUCGUUGUUCUCCGACUUUUACGACUCGCUCUACGACAGCCGUACGCUGAAGGCUACGCUCGAAGACCAGAUCAAGCGUUCCAACACGCUGCUCCACACUCUUCAGUCUAGCCGUCGCGUGCUUGAAGAGACGGUAGAGCGUCGCGUCCGCGACGAGCGUGUAUUGUGGGAGGGUCGAGUUCGAGGUUUGGAAGCACGCGUCCGCGAAUUGGAGGCCAAGACGGGCACUUCCGAUUACGACGAUGAGCCCAUGUCUCGUGCCUCUGAUCUGGCUUCCAAGCAGAAUUCGAUCAGCUCCGCCCCUCUUGCGCCUGAUUCGAGUGCCGAGAGGGCCGAUGACGGUGCUGCCAAGCCUGCAUCGCGCGAACGCUCGCCUGUCGUCAGGAAGCCCGCCUCUGCUGCCAACUCGAACAAGGAAGACGACGAAGGUGAUCAGCUGCAGGAGGAUUGA